AGGCCGCCAUUUUGGCGUUAGCUCUGGGGACAGGGAGCCCGUAGGAUAAAGCGCGAGCCCAGCGUUUUUCGCUUCCUCACUGCGGAGUUGUCGCAGCAGCCGCCCCUCGCCAGCGCCCUGGGCCUGGCUGCGUCCGUCGCCGCUCUGCGCGACCUCGGGCCCCGCAGCCGGCCGGAGAGCGAGGCGGGAAGGAUGUCCCGCACGCCCCGCCGCUGAGACAAGCAGGGGCCCGACUGCCGCUCCCGUCCCACCCGGCUGUUCGCUGGGUCUCCGCCUCCCCGGUCACAGGACUCCUUUCCCGGCCGUGCCCGCAGUGCUCCCGCCCGCGCUGUCCAUCGCUUGGCUUUCCCCGGCCAGGCCUCUCUCCCGUCGGGUCUGUCCGGCCGGGCCUUCGGGCUCCCCCGCCCGUUGCCAUGUCCUCGGCCGCUCGCUUCGACUCGUCGGACCGCUCCAGCUGGUACGUGGGCCCGCUCUCGCGGGCGGAGGCGCAGACGCGGCUGCAGGGGCAGCGGCACGGCAUGUUCCUGGUGCGGGACUCGUCCACCUGCCCUGGGGACUACGUGCUGUCGGUGUCCGAGAACUCGCGGGUCUCCCACUACAUCAUCAACUCGCUGCCCAGCCGGCGCUUCAAGAUCGGCGACCAGGAGUUCGAUCACUUGUCGGCGCUGCUGGAGUUCUACAAGAUCCACUACCUGGACACCACCACCCUCAUCGAGCCCGCGCCCAGGUAUCCAAGCCCACCAAUGGGAUCUGGAUCAGCCCCUACCAUUCCCACUGCAGAAGAAAAUUUGGAAUAUGUUCGGACUCUCUAUGACUUUCUUGGGAAUGAUGCUGAAGAUCUGCCAUUUAAAAAGGGAGAGAUACUGGUAAUUGUAGAGAAGCCUGAAGACCAGUGGUGGAGUGCCAGAAACAAAGAUGGUCGUGUUGGGAUGAUUCCUGUUCCUUAUGUAGAGAAGCUGGUCAGAUCGUCCCCUCAUGGGAAACAUGGGAACAGGAAUUCCAACAGCUACGGUAUUCCAGAACCUGCCCAUGCUUAUGCUCAACCUCAGACCACAAGUCCCCUUCCCUCUGUAUCCAGUACACCUGGAGCAGUGAUCAACCCUCUGCCAUCAACACAGAAUGGACCAGUCUAUGCCAAAGCUAUUCAAAAAAGGGUGCCAUGUGCUUAUGACAAGACAGCCUUGGCAUUAGAGGUUGGAGACAUUGUGAAGGUUACAAGGAUGAAUAUAAAUGGUCAGUGGGAAGGUGAAGUCAAUGGCAGAAAAGGGCUCUUCCCUUUCACGCAUGUCAAAAUAAUUGACCCUCAAAAUCCAGAUGAAAAUGAGUGAUUCUUGUUGCCCAGUUUACAACUGCUGCUUCAUUUUUCUGGCUACGAUAAGCAUCGUUUGAGGUGGGGAUGAUGACUGUUAAUGGCACAUUGCUAGCAUUGUCCAUUUUUCUAGCUUGCUGCAGUUUGAUGGUUUUUUAUACACAGUUGGAAUGCACACAACUGAAAUCAUGUGCUGACCAUACCAUAAUUGCAUCAUCCAAACUGUAGUAUCACUUCUAGAACUAUUUUGGCCCUUUAGCUGGAGAAGACUGAAAUCAUACAGGCAGAUAGUAAAUAGGAGCAAGAAAAUAAUCUUUCCUGUUUGAGGCUUUCAGGAACAGAAUGUUGUGGCUUAUUCAUUAGGAGGAGAGUUCUAAUCCCGAGAUCAAAUUUUUGGAUCACUGUCCAAACAGAACAACAUCAAAAAAAAAAAAAACUGCAAUUUUGUGGCUGAGGAAGGGAAGAGCUGAAUUUGAGAGAAAAUCUGCCC